AUGGGACGCACCGAACCCUCAGUCGGCAGGCCGCCAGCGAGCUUCCGUCGCGACGCCCGUGCGAAGCGGGCCAAAGCCACCAUCAACAAGGUCAUACCGCCGCUGUUGGCGGCGCAUCCGCGGGCCCGGAAAGGGAUCGAAGCUUCCGAGCUGAUCGUCGAUCCACCACCUUCAUCAUCAUCACCUUCUUCUUUUGCGUCUUCCGCCCUAGCUUCCCAGGGCAAAACGCAACAGCGCGUUCGUGCGGGAUCUACCGCAGGAGAAAGCAACGGUAGGGACAAAAGCCAAGGCUACCCCCGUAUCUCGCUCCGCGUGGCGGAUGCCCUAGAAGCAGCGCACUCGCUUCUCCUCGUCCCGGAGCACGCGCAGUCUCGCACGGACCAGCAGCGGCGGGAUCUGUCGAACACGGCAGCUCGCGUCGGCGUGCUAAACAUGGCGUCCCCGUUGUCCGCGGGUGGCGGGUUUCUCAACGGCGCGUCCAGCCAGGAGGAAUCGCUGUGCAUGCGGUCGACGCUGCUCCCGUCCCUGCGCGACGGGUUUUACCGGCUGCCGGAGCUCGGCGUGGUCUUCACGCCCGACGUGGCGGGAGAAGACGACGAAGUGUUGCCGAAGCGAGACCGCUGGUUCGUUGACGUCGCAUCCGCGGCUAUGAUACGAAUGCCCGAAAUCGACGUCGAUGAAGAAUCUGGAUUUGCUAGGUAUGCCAACGCAGCGGACCGCGAGCUGGCCGUGCGCAAGGUACGGGCCGUGCUGCGCGUAUUUGCUUCUAAAGGAGUGCGCAGAGUUGUGUUAGGUGCGUGGGGAUGCGGUGCGUACGGCAAUCCCGUCGGCGAGAUUGCGAAGGCGUGGCGGAAGAAGAAAAGGGAGUCGGAUUCGGACUCUUGGGAGUGUUUUGAGCACGUCGUCUUCGCCAUCAAGGACCCGGGAAUGGCGCAAGCAUUCGCGACUGCGUUUGGCGAGGAGUUCCUCGAAGUGCAGAAUUCUGGCGAGGGAGAAGAUAGCGUAGGAAGUGAGGAUGAAGGAGAUGACGAAGAAGAAGAUGCGAGCGUGAAGGAAUUACGCAAUAAGAUCCGGGAGUUAGAGUUACGCACCAAACAGGCGCGGAACCCCCAGCUUAAGGCCGGGCUUAGUUCCGUGCUUGCCAGCCUGAGAAGUCAGUUACCAGACUCCAACGGUAUUCCUUCUCGAGAGGAUCUUGUAGGCAGUAAAUGCGAUAGGGAUAAUGGAAGCACGAGCGAAGAAGACGAGGAGGAGUCUGCCGAACAAGAGUCAGAGAGCGACGAUGAAACCCGAAGCGGACAUGAUGAAGAGAGUUAA